CUUGCGAGUCAGAUCUACCAGAACAUCGACCCGAAACUGUGAAAUAAUGAAGACGUUCAUCCUUAUUGCAUUGGUUGCCAUCAUUGGCGUCGCCUGGGCUCGUCCGGACGAGAAAUAUACCGAAAAAUACGACAAUGUUGACUUAGAUGAAAUUUUGAACAGUGAAAGACUACUGAAAAAUUACUUCAAUUGUUUAAUGGAGAGAGGCAACUGCAGUCCUGACGGCGAAGAACUUAAAAAGGCGGUACCUGACGCUCUUCAGAACGAAUGCGCAAAAUGUAACGAAAAACAGAAAAACGGAAGCAGAAAAGUUAUUCGCUUCCUAAUUAAGAAUAAGAAUGAUUGGUGGAAAGAAUUGGAAGCUAAAUACGACAAAGAUGGAAUCUAUAAAAAGAAAUAUCAAGCGGAAUUAGAUAAAGAAGGAAUAGUGUUGUAAACAGAAACACUGAAUAGUUAGCACUUAGUUAGAAAUACAUACGUUAUUAUGAAUGUAAAUUUGAUUCGACGAAAAUAAACGCUUAACAUAA